AUGACAGGCAGUCGGGCCCUCGACAUCGAGGCAAUAGUGGUCACACCCACGCCUUCUCUGGGCCAUGGUCAAAAGACCGGCUCAAGUCCUCCACCUGCAAUCUCCGGUUUCACACCCGCGUCUCAACGAAACUCUACAUCCUCAGUUGAUGGGACUCUAUUCUACGCCUCUGGAACUGCGGCAUCGUCCGUUACGCGUGUGGACGAACAUGACAUUAAUUAUAGGACGCUAUCCACUACUCGUAUACUAAUUGCUCAUAUUGGCGCUGCCUUGUCUUUGUUUCUUGCUACGACUGACGCUACUAUCGUUUCCACGAGCCUGCCAACCAUAGCGAAGGAGCUGAAUGCUAGCCAAGACCAGUACACCUGGGUAGGCAUAUCGUACAUGCUCACCCAGACGGCCUUUCAGCCCCUGUAUGGGCGGAUCUCCGACCUUGUUGGGCGCAAGGCUGUCCUGUAUACAAGCAUGCUGAUCUUCGCACUCGGCUCCGCGCUAUGUGGGUCGGCACAGAGUAUCAGUUGGCUCAUCGCAGCACGAGCGCUUGCCGGAGUCGGCGGGGGCGGCAUCGUCAGCGCCGUCUGGGUGAUCACGGCGGAGAUUGUCGCUCCUGCACAACGUGCAAAAUGGUCACAAGCUCUCAGUAUUACGUGGAGUUGCUCUGCGAUCGCAGGACCGCUGCUGGGAGGACUGUUCAGUGGCAAUACUCCCGGAUCCAGCUGGCGAUGGGCCUUCUACAUCAAUCUACCAAUCGGCUCAGCGGCACUGUUGAUUUUGAGUUUGUCUCUGCGUCCUCUCGAGUUACGGCGUGCGAUAGAUGCUUCCUGGUACACUUUCUGCCGACGGUUCGACUUCGUGGGGCUAGGAUUGUUCAUGGCCGGCACGAUCUGCACCGUUCUGGGGUUUGGGUACACGACCAUCGACAGGUCGUCUGUGACGACAAUAUGCCUCAUAUCCUUCGGGAUAGCAUCCUUUGUGGGUGGCGGACUGUAUGAGACUGUUACUCGGCGCGAAGCACUGUUUUCUCCUACGGCGUUCAAAAAUUCCACCGCUGCAAUCAUUCUGGUGAUCGCCUUCUUGCACCAGUUCGCUUUCAAUGCCGGCACGUUCUAUUUGGCACUCUAUUUCCAGGCCGUAAACGGUUUAAUGCCUGUGGCAGCGGGUCUCAUGAUAAUGCCUUACUCGCUUGGCUCUUCCCUGAUUUCCCUGCCUGCUGCAUGGUUUAUAGGCUAUUGGCAGAAACGUUCUGGCAACAUGGCGGCACAAAAAUGGGUCAUCACCAUCGGUCUCGUCCUCUCCGCCCUGGGAUUCGGCCUGAUGGCAGCACUCCGGGUUGAUUCUUCUCGAGCGUGCCAAAUCCUAUUCCCUCUCGUCUCAGGCCUCGGCCUCGGACUGCUAUUUCACGCGCCGUAUCAGGUUUUUACGCGGGUCCUGGGACCGGAAGAGCUCGCUUCAGGCACAAGCGCUUUCUUUCUCGUCAGGUUUACUGGAGCCACGGUCGGCUUGUCUGUCGCGGGCGCCAUAUUCUCUGACCGGCUUGCGAAGAAUGCUCCUGGCGGCUUUAUCAUUCCGGGUGCGAACACCCCGACCGCUUGGACGACGCUCAAGACCCUGGAGCCGGUUACCUUCCGCACUGACGUCCUCACCGCGGUAUCAUCGUCCUUGCAAGCUAUUUGGAUCGUCUGCGCGCCUUGUCUAGCUGCAGCAUGCCUGAUCUCGAUCUUUGUACGGAAGCUUUCAAUUCGCAGCCCCGACGACUGCGCAACUGCUCCACAAAAGCGUACUCCCACCUCACAGGGAAAAGAGAAUACAUAA